CAUCUCCACGUCAAAGUGAGUCUAGUACGGGGUCAUCAUCUCCACGUCACAGUGAAUCAAGUUCGGGGCCAUCAUCUCCACAUCACAGUGAGUCAAGCACGGGUCAUCAUAUCAACGUCACAAUGGGUCAAGUAUGCGGUCAUCAUCUCCACGUCACAGUGAGUCAAGUACGCGGUCAUCAUCUUCACGUCACAGUGAGUCAAAUACGGGGUCAUCAUAUCCACCUCACAGUGAGUCAAGUAUGGGGGCAUCAUCCCCACGUCACAGUGAGUCAAGUACGGGGUCAUCAUAUCCACCUCACAGUGAGUCAAGUUCGGGGCCAUCAUCUCCACGUCAUAGUGACUUAAGCACGGGUCAUCAUCUCCACGUCACAGUGAGUCAAGUACGGGGUCAUCAUCUCCACGUCACAGUGAGUCAACUUCCUAAACCAUGCUCCAAAUGACUGGUAUCAGUCAAUUUUAUCACUGACGUUCAAGCAUGCAGGUCCAUACCAGAAGAACGUAUACAUCCCCGGGGCGGACCUUGAUACAAGUCAACCUAAUCAAAACGUUACUGAGGGCUUUCAUUAUUCUAACACGAACACAAUUCACAUAACCUGUUGACAAAUUCUUGCAAGACUUCUUUGAUGAAAAAAGACGUUAACGUAACGCCCGUUUUGGUUUUCUGCCCCUGUUUUCAUUUUACUUCGUGUGUCAACGUUUUGAUGUAGUUUAUGUCAUUUUGUAUUGUCACUGUACCCUGUACUACUUGUUCUACUGUGGUGACGUUCGACACAGCUGGUGAACUUUUAGUCACCAUGUUUGCCGAACCUUGUAUACUACGCUUUAUUUCAUUCCAUUUUAAUUUGAAUUGAGGCACGGUUACACAUGUAACUGACAUUCUUCUAACAUUAUGGCAAAUAUGAAAAUCAUUCAUUGCAUUAUGUGGACAGUGCACCUUCCCAUCCAGAUUUUGACUUUU